ACCAUGAUCUUUCAGUUGUUUGAGGGGCGUAAAUGACGAUUUUUGCGUUUUGAAUCUUAUUUUUGUCUGUACGAGUUUCGUUUAGGAACAGGUUGUAAAUCUGGAAACGGCCGUCGCUGCCGAACGUUCAAAAGGUGUUGAAGUUGUCGAAGAAUUGCGAGUUGUAGAAGAAAGACUUUGCAACAGCGAGGCUAUUCGUGAAGUUUUGCUUCAGGAAUUGCGGGGUUCUCGCCCUUCCUCCAACGUUGAGGUAACCCAAACCACUGAACACUUGCCGCUAGAAGUCAUUCGUCAUUUCAAGGACGCAGAAGCUCAGCACGGCUGCGAAAGCCACGAUGCUGUAACACAGACGUUUGAAAAUGUGUCAGAGCAGUCGAAUUUGGACAUACGAGACGCAGAAAUACAGCCGGUCGAAUCGUUCCAAGGAAGUGAAAUUCAAGUUGAUGAACGCCAGUCUCCGACUGAUGUUCAGGCGCUGCGCGUGGACUCUUGUGAAAUGCAGUUGACUGCUAAGCAGAAGAAAGAUGACGCGCGGAUACAGCCGUACAAUACCGCCGAUUCUGAUGGACAGGCGGUCAAGCAGACGAUUCUCUCGCUUGUGCUGGCGUGA